AUGGGCUGUUUUCAUUCGUCUUUGGAGCUUAGUUCGACGAAGUAUACAUUUAGUCCAGAAGAAAUAGCAUAUUUAACAAAGACAUGGAAUAUUUUGAAAACACAUGGUAUUGAUAAAUUUGCUGAGGAAGUUCUUAUCAAAACCAUAAAUCAAAAUCCAUCUGUUCGACACUUUUGGACGUCAAAAUUGAUCAUUGAUGCUAAUAAUUUUGAUUUUAGUCAAGGUGAAUCAUGUGUAAGAAGUGAAUUAAGUUGGCAUAUUGGUUUACGUGAGCACAGUAAACAAUUUAUAUUAAUAUUUGAAGAACUUUUAUCAUCGAUAAACGACGAAAUUCUUUUUUCAAAACAAAUUGAGUCUCUUGAUCUGUUACAAAAUAUAUCAACACUUGAAUAUGAUUCUUUAAUGAUGCUGAAAAAAUCUAUCAUCGAUAUAAUACAUGAACGUUUUCAUAUGUUUGAAUAUAAUUUUACAAAUGAUUAUGAACACGCUUGGAAUAAAUUCUUAGCAUUUACAAUUAAAUGUGUAUCAGAAAAUGACCACAAAAGACAAGGACUUAUAAGCAAUACUGUUUCGCCUAUCAUCACUAUAGAUCAACCUUCCAACAAUACAUAA